CAUGUUGAUUCGCUCAAGUAUAGCGUGUAACGGAGCGGCGGGUAAUAGGCUGGCAUUUCCAUGAAAGUGAAAACACCCGAGUGAAAACUUUCUUUCUGGCUCGUAGGUUGUUUCACUUCCUGUGCGCGUAACCUCUCUCUCUCUCUCGACGGCGUUGCAUUUCUAUGCAGCUUCUACGCGCCGCAGUCUUUACGUAAUUCUCAGCCGCGAAAGAAAGUUUCUAUCGCUCGGUAGAGGUUAACAUCCUCUGGUCUCUUACCUAUUCAAAUAUCGCUCGUUGCUCGACAGCGAUCAGGAGCAACGCAUUGCGUGGAAUGAAAAACGACAGAACAUGUUCCUAAUCCUUUAAUUCUAGAAUAUAUACAUUAUAGAAGUAUUUCCCUUGAACGUACACGAAUUUUUUUUUUUUUUUUAAACCUCGAUCGCCGUUCGUCAAUCGACUCCGAACAAGUUUAAAUCCCGCGCCGGAAGUAGCAACAGAUAGUUUCAUCAUGGCAGACGACGAGAGCAGCACGACGUCCGAGGAGAGCGUGGAUGUAAAAAGUGACAAAUUCGAUCCGAUGAAAGCGUUGUACUCGUCGAAAACACAGCUCUCGUUAAAGACACCGGUUUACGACAAUGUCUCGAAGUUUGAAGCGGUGAUGUCGGGUUUGUCCGAUCAAAUGAAAACAAAAAAUAAGUUGACCAAUGUCAAGCAAGGAGAGUCUUCGAAGCAACGGAGUUUACCUGGUCAAGAGCCCGUGUCCGGCACGAGGAUAGGAGGACGAACGCGGAACUCAUGGAAGAACGUCCUCUCGAAAAUGCAAAGGACUCUCGGCCCGUUAGGAGUGCUUCACGAGUACAUGGAAAGCCGGACUCGCGUCAAGGUCUACACCAGAAACGCGCGCGGCAUCAGGGGACACGUGGAGGCAUACGUGGCCGCCUUCGACAAGCACUGGAACCUCGCGCUCGAGGACUGCUUCGAAGUUUGGACCCGUAGUGUCAAGAGGAAAGCGCCUGCCCUGGGUGUGUCGACUGUGCCACAGACCAAGGAAGACCUGGCGCCCAAAGUGGUCGUGAAGAAGACCGAGAGAAAGAGGGAGACCUUGGAGAGACACGUGCCGCAGCUGCUGCUUAGGGGAGAACAAAUCGCUAUAAUCGUCAAAAUCAAUUGAGUCGCUGAAUACGUCCUACGAAUAUGUCACUCGAUUCUUCCCCGCGAUGCGUCGAGCCGGUCCAGCGAACGUCGUGGACGCAUAAAACGGACGACGACUUGUUUGAAGAAAAACUUCUCUUCGUCUUGUUAAUAUUCUCGAUAUUCUACGUUCGUUUCAUUUCUUGACAUUCCACGAUCACUUCAUUUCUUAAGGUUCCUAAUUUUUAUACUACGAUUCAAAGUUUUGUUCCUAUUGUGACCUCGCUCAUGAACGAUACCGAUCACGUAUGCGUGAAAUUUUUGUUUGAAGUAUACUACGACCUUGUUUAUUCGCUAAUUUUCAGAAUUACUCGAAUCAAAGAGUUAACAUGUCAAUAAAUACUUGUUGUCAAGAAGUCAACCUCCAACCCAAGGAUUGCACUCGCUGGUCUCCAAUUUCAAUUUCCUCUAUACCUUCUACAAGUACCUGCUUCCUACUCACAUUUCUUUGUCGUUUCAAUUUCCUUCUUCCUUUUAUGUGUAUGAAAUUUACGCACAGCGGCAUCAUGGCUCUUCGUGAAAACGUUCGUCAAUCCUGUUUCCUAUCACGCACAAUACACCACCACGUCGUGUACCAAAAGGAGCCCGCUCCCCAUUAAUCAAUCACAACUACUUUUAUCAUAGAAAGUGUAACGGUACACGUAUCGAUAAAUAAGUCUUCCUACAGCUUUGAAUCGCGGUGGGGGUGGUCGCUGCUAAAAUGGCGCGCGGAAUUGAAACCUGGGAGUCGCCGAACCGCGACUUUCUCGCGUGGGACGCGACGACUCCUGCGAAAACAGAAGUUGAUCCACGAUACAUCUCUGUUCUCGGCCUUCGUUCAAGUCGAACAGAGGGGUGGCGCUGCCCCUGAUGGGGAUCGAGAGAAAAUAAGGGAGCCUCGUAGAAAAAGCACCUCAUUGCCACAAGGUAAGUCUCGUUAGUCCGCAGUGUGACGAAGAAGUUUCGUGGAGGAAAGUAAAUUCCUAAUAGUUCGACCGCGUGGUGUCGCUAGGUGUAACUAUACUUGCCCCCCUACACUGGCCAGGAACUGUGCUUUUCCUUGCACGCGAACAGAGUCCCCCCAUGUACAACUCUCUCUCUUUAUCUCUCUCCUCCUUUCGGCCCCCCGUCCCUCCACUCUAUCUUUCUUGCUCGCGUGCUCGCGGAAUGCGCAUCCUGGGAAAUAAGAAAGUUUAGGUGGAUUAGACGGACCGGUAGGCGACUCAACGACCGCCGCGAGGACGUUGACGUUCGAAGUUAAAAGACGAUAAGAAUUGAGAGUGCAAUGGAAAAUUCUAAGGCGUAGAAUGAGUGUUUAACGCUAAAACUAUCGAGUGUACACCAAACAAUUCGUUUAAUCGUUUAUUUGUUUCGUUGAUUAAUUAGUCUACAGCUACGUCCCAGCUCGCCUGGGAUGUUUUCUUGGAUCUUUGUCUUUAAUUAAAAAGCUGAAGCUCACCUUAUCUGUAUUUACUUAAAGAGAGGAGUAAAUUCAGGAUUGUAAUGAUCGUUAUUCGAUUUAAACAGAUACAAAUAUGUAAUUAUAAUAGAAAGUUUGGAUUACAAAAAAAAAAAAAAAUACAUGUCGAAUUAAGUAACCUCCUCCUUUUUCGAAGUCGGUUAAAAAGUGACACCAUUCACCAGGGUCGAAUAUAACACUAUCUUUCUUUCUCUAAUUGCAAAGAUAUUAUUGUACAGAAUGGGAAGAAUCCCAAAAUAUUGGAAUUCUUUCAUCUUCCUUCGUUGGGCCUAGAAUCCCAAACGAAACCCUCCGUAUCGAUUUCAAGAACCGCAUGGUGCUUACUGCAUCAAUGGGACCGUCCGAGACCGAACUGAUUUUUCUCCUUGAAAAUUACCAAACUUUGAAGCGUUAUAGCUUGAAAAGUAAUAAAAAUCGAGUAAAUACAUUAAAGCUUAAUGAAUU